CUGCAUAAAACUUUGUUGCUAAUGUAACAUUACUGAUACUUGCUAAUCCGUCCAGCAGACGGAGCAAGAGUAAAAUUCCAGUCUGCAUUGAUUCUGCUGACAAAUAGCUUAUCUAUUCUUCAAUAUUGCAUUUGGAUACAGAGCAAAGCUGAUGAGAUUCAUUUAGCUGUUUACUAUACUGACAAAUUUAACCCUACGGGAAAAAAUUGAACCGCUCAAUGAUGUCUCGAAAACAAAAUUAGAUCUUGAAGACCGCGUGAGGAAACUCGAAAGGAAAUAAGCGUGGUUCAAAAAGAUCGUGAUCAUUACCGUACGAUUAAUGAAAUGUAUGAAAAUGAGAUGUCACGAGUUGGAGGCUCAGCAACAGUUUCAAUGGAGACCAAGCAAAUCAAUGAGUUGGAACGGCUUUUGGAGGAAUAUCGUGGAUUAGUUUCAAUAGUCGAUACCACGCCGAAGGUUAACGAAGAAAUUGUCACCAAAUUGAACCAGGAAAAAGAACAAUUGACGAAGGAAGUUGCUGAAUUGAACCAGACAAUCAAACAUUUAAAGGCUCAAUCAGAGAUCGCCGAGUCGAAGGGGAUAGCUUUCGACGUCCGAAUCCUCCACUUUACCAACAAUCCGCUGGAUAAUGUUCGGCGCCAAACAUUAGAGCAGCUUUCUCAGUUAGAAAAAGAGAACGAAUCACUACGAGAGAGGGUUCGCUUGAUGGAAGCAGAUCAAACCCGAAAUCCUACUCUUUUGGUUGGAGAUCACUUUGAACAAGGAUGUAUUCCCGAACGUCUCAGAGAUCUAGAAGAAAAACUCAAAUCGAGUGAAAUGAAGAACGAACGGGUGGAGGAAGUGUUCCGAAAAUACUGCUCUGAAUUCCGCCGAGGAAUAUUUGAACUUUUCGGUUAUCAGGUGGAUAAUGACGAAUGCGGCAAUUUUAAACUCACAUCUGUGUUUUCCAAGUCGAGAACGGAUUAUCUCUCUUUUAAAUACGUUGGCGACGGCCUGAUGGUUAUGGAUAGUGCAUAUCUUCAUACCAUUUAUGAUUUAGUUCAGCUUCACAUCAAUAACCAAAAGUUCAUCCCCAUCUUCUUGUCUGCCCUCACAGUUGAGCUUUACCCUUGUCAGUCUAUCAACUCAUCUGCCUAUCCAUCAGUCUUGUUUACUCCAAGCUGAACUUAAAAUUGCUGGGUCAACGCGUCGAAGAUCGUCUUCGGAAGAGCAAGGACAUUAACUAUGAAUCUUCUCCAUCCUAUGACGACAGUCAGCCAUUGAUCCCUUCCAGCAACAUCAGCAGCGGA